AGCAACAGCAAAGAGUGUCCAGUGAAAUCCGGGCAAUAGUUGUAGACCAUGUUGUAAAUCAUGGCAUGACAAUGAUUGAGGCAGCUGGAAUGAUUCAACCAAACCUCAGAAGAUCAACUGUGGCGUCAAUAAUCAGAACUUUCCGCAAUGAGAACCGAAUUGAGACUAGGCCAAAUAGUGGAGGCAGAGGCAGAGAAAAUUCUGACUGAUGAACAACAGCGUGCUGUGGUCAAUUUGGUCCGGGCCAGAAAUGAUAUUCGCCUUUCAGACAUUCAGCAGCACAUCUUGGACAAUGAUGACAUUUUCAACAAUGUGGAAGCCAUAAGUUUGCCUACUAUUGCACGUGUGCUGAAAAGGCACCAGGUGUCUGUAAAACAGCUAUACCGUGUGCCUUUUGAAAGAAAUGCAGAGAGAGUGAAGCAGCUGAGGACUGAGUAUGUUCAGAGGGUGAUGGAGCUGAAUGCUGAUGAAAACCAUCACAAAUUCAUCUUUGUGGAUGAGGCAGGCUUCAACCUGGCCAAGACAAGGAGGAGAGGUUGGAAUUUCACUGGCCAGCGGGCAACCAUCCAAGUACCUGGACAGCGUGGGGGCAACAUCACCAUGUGUGCAACCAUAUCUGAAGAUGGUGUGGUGGGACGCAGACCUCGCAUAGGAUCCUAUAAUGCAGCUCUCCUUGUAACAUUCUUUGAUGAGCUAACUCAGGUCUGUAGAGCAGAUGGUGUGAUCUAUGUCAUUGUGUGGGAUAAUGAUAGGUUCCACCAUGCUCAAGUUGUGCAAGCAUGGUUUCAGGCCCAUCCACAAUUCACCACCCUGUACUUACCCCCAUACUCUCCUUUCCUUAACGAGACUGAGGAAUUUUUCUCCACAUGGAGGUGGAAGGUGUAUGACAGGCGCCCACACGAACAAGUCACCCUUCUCCAGGCCAUGGAUGAUGCAUGCAAUGACAUCACAGCAGACCAGUGUCAGGCCUGGAUUCGCCAUGCCAGAAGAUUUUUUCCAAGGUGUUUGGCAAAUGAAAACAUCAGCUGUGAUGUGGAUGAGAACCUGUGGCCAAAUCCACAAGACGGGGUUGAUGGAUAGAAAUACAGUACAGUAAUCAAUCUUUUUUUUGGACUGAUUUUUUUUUUUUUUUUUUUUUACAUGCUUUUUAUAGUACUGUAGUUUUUUCUUUUUCGUAGCCAAUUAUUUUUGAUUUGAAUCAAAGAAAUCUAUGUUGUAUUUCUUCGAUAAAUUUCAGUUAACGGUAGAGUGAUGUAGUACCAUAAUGAAAUAUUGUUCACAUAUUUUGUACUACAAUAUUUAAUGAUUGUU